AUGGAUACGUCAAGAGUUACCCAGAAGAAGACACGGAUCAAAGGCGAGUAUUACGACAGGUGCACAGACUAUUACUGGCAGCGAGGGGGAAACGCUUCUAAUAGCUCAACUAUCAUCAGCAUUCUGGGAUUGCCGGCGGAAUAUCUGGGGGUGUUAGCUGACGACAACGAAGGGAGGUGGCUACGGUCCGACUUCGAGAGACAAGGUGUUAACACCGACCACUGUGUGACGUCGGAUGUGGGAAACUGCCCCGUGACGUCAACCAUCACCAGUGAAGAGACCGGCACAAGGACGAUAGUGUUCACAGAGAGGGGUCUGCCAGAACUGACAUUUGAGACUUUCGACAAGGUUGACUUAAGCAGCGACUACAAGUGGAUUCAUUUUGAGGGUCGCCCUACUACAGACGAAUUGAGGAAGAUGUUCCAGAAAAUCAAGAAACACAAUGAGUCAAGGGAUCCGCUUCAUCGAAUUAAAACAUCCAUGGAAAUUGAAAAAGUCAUCUUUCCUGAAUUGGAAACUCUUGUCAGCUGGCCGGAUUACGUGUUCUUCAGUAAGGAGUGGUCCCGUUCUAAAGGCCUCACGAGUAAAGAGACAUCCGUGGACUUCUACAGCAAGAAGGUCAAACCAGGGGGAGUGGCAAUUUGUGCUUGGGGCGAGGACGGUGCGGCAGGGAAGACAGUCGAUGGUGACGUCAUAUCUAUAAAAGCGUUUCUGCAGGCACGUGUCAUUGACACGCUCGGUUGCGGUGACACCUUCGUUGGCAGCGUCAUUGCAGCACUGUCCUCUGGCAAGGUUUUGAGGGAUGCCAUUCAAUUCGGAUGCCAGGUUGCCGGAGCUAAAUGUGCCAUAAAAGGGUUCACGGAUCUGAGACAGUUUGGGAGCAUGUUGAAAGGCUCUAUCACCGGAUCAUGAUACACACACUGUGACUGGACAUCGAUUCACUACUUUAAUGGGACGUUGAUACAUCUCUAUAAUUGGACAUUGCAAUUGACUCAUCUAUUCUAACGGAACCAAUGUUUCAUCUGCUGUAACGGGACAUUGUUCACCUACUUAAGUAACGGACGUUGAAUAAGAAAUAAUCAUUUUAAAAAAUAUGAUUUACAACGAAAUUGAUCAACGCAGUCCAAUGAAACAUUUUAACAAAUCAUUUCCAAGAAACGAAAUUAAACAUGAAUGAAUAAUAUAUCUUUGCAUCCUAACACAGACAGUACGCUGCAUCAUGCUGGUUGUUGUGUCGAUCCUGCUGCAUCAACAUUAGCUGAAUGAAUGAAGCACCUCCAAACAAAAUUAUGUUGAAAAUAAAACACCCCAGAAAGA